AUGAUUGCGCCGCAGGAUGACGAGGAGACACCUCUCCUGCAACGACCAGAGCAGCGAACAACUAAGACACCUCUGCCCUGGGAUCGAUUUUGGAUUAUACUGCUCUUGGAGGUGCCAAGUUUUCUUUCUUUUCAGACCCUUGCCCCGUUCAUUCCCCAACUCAUUAGAGACAUUGGAGUGACUCACGGAGACGAAUCCCAGGUUGGUUACUAUGUCGGCAUCCUUCAAUCAUCAUACUUCGCAGCACAUAUGCUGACUAUUUUCCAUUGGAGUUGGCUAUCCGACCACAUCGGGCGGAAGCCUGUAAUACUGACAGCUUUAUUAGCAAUCAUUGUUUCGAUGUUUUCGUUUGGGCUGUCGAAGACUUUCCUUGGUCUGCUGGCCAGUCGUGUUUUCUGCGGAGCAUUUAAUUCGAGCGAUGGCGUCCUCGAGACCUUGGUGAUGGACACCACUGACGUGACCAAUAUGCCCGAGGCAUACGGUUAUAUACCAAUUCCAUGGAUGAUCGGAAACACAGUUGGACCACUCAUUGGAGGAUCGCUCUCCCGACCAGCAGACAGAUUUCCUGACAUCUUUGGGCGAUCAGAACUCCUGAAAACUUAUCCAUAUCUCUUGCCAUGCUCUAUUUCAGCAUUUUUUAUGUCGAUAGCUUGGCUAAUCACGUAUUUUCGUCUUAAAGAGAGCGCUUCUACCAGGACACCGCUUUGGGAGCUAAUUAAAGGAAGAUUCUUCCGAGAGUCAUACCAAAAGCUUCGCCAGCCAUCGAGCAAUGUUGAUCCUGGAGAAGCCCAAUCAAAGCCGCUUCCGCUACAUGCCUUGUUAACCUCGAAAGUGUUGAGGAUAACAGCGAGUUAUGCUACCACAAACCUGCUUUACAUGGCGUUUACUUCGGUCCAACCUGUUUUCUAUGCGACACCGAUUGAACUUGGUGGUCUUUCCCUUGACCCUCCUCGCAUAGGCGCUUUGCUUGCGGCACAAGGUGUCGCACAUGGCAUAUUUCAGCUACUUUUCAACGCUCGUUUACAUGAUCGCUUCGGUGCAGGAGCUAUCCACAUCACCGGCGUUAGCUCUGGCAUACCCAUCAUCAUUUUAUUUCCAGUCAUCAAUGCUCUGGCUCGAGCCUAUGGAGUAGGUAUGGCGGUAUGGCUGUGUGUUGCUGUCCAGCUUGCGCUGACUACUAGCCUGGUCAUGUGCUACCCCUGCAUGUCCUUAUUCGUCAGAGCAGCUGCUCCCAAUCAAGCCUCGUUCGGAGCAACCAAUGGAAUUGUCCUGGCAGCCGUCACAGUAACAAGUAUCAUCGGUCCGGCGUCUGCAGCUUCGGUCUUCUCUUAUUCAUUGCAGGAAGGGCAUGAUGCGUGGUCGAUAUACUACUUCUUGAUGGCAAUUGCACUUCUUGCGGUAGGUACUGCUCUAUUACUUCCCCGUGAUCCUAGUGUAUGGGAAGAUUCCCAAUGA